CCUAGGAGGGAAGCGGGAAGCGCAGGCAUCUACCUAUAAGAAGAAAAGCCUGUUGACUUGGUACCUAAAUGUGAUGAUAGUGGCACUUAGCUAUUUCCAGAGUCUUCUGGGCCAUUAUGGCAGUCAAGUGGACUGGUGGACAUUCUUCUCCUAUUCUCUGCCUCAAUGCAAGUCAAGAAGGGCUAGUGGCUUCUGGAGCAGAGUGUGGAGAUCUCAUGGUUUGGGGUGAAGAUGGGACUCCAUUAGGACACACACACUUCCAAGGGGCUGAUGAUGUUACCAGUGUCUUAUUCUCUCCCUCCUGCCCCACCAAGCUCUAUGCCUCACAUGGAGAAACCAUUAGCAUACUGGAUGUCAGGUCUCUCAAAGAAUCCCUGGACCAUUUUCAUGUGAAUGAAGAAGAAAUCAAUUGUCUUUCAUUGAAUGAAACUGAAAACCUGCUGGCUUCUGCUGAUGACUCCGGAACAAUCAAAAUCCUAGACUUGGAAAAAAAGAAAGUUAGCAGAUCACUGAAGAGACAUUCCAAUAUCUGUUCCUCUGUAGCUUUUCGGCCUCAAAGACCUCAGAGCCUGGUGUCAUGUGGACUGGAUAUGCAGGUGAUGCUGUGGAACCUUCAGAAAGCCCGUCCACUCUGCAUUACAAAUUUACAGGAGGAUGAAAUGGAAGAAAUGGAAAGCCCACAAUCCCCUGGUCAGCUUUUAAACCCUGCCCUAGCCCAUUCUGUGUCUGUGGCAUCGUGUGGCAAUAUUUUUAGUUGCGGUGCAGAAGAUGGUAAGAUUCGAAUCUUUAGGGUGAUGGGAGUCAAGUGUGAACAGGAACUGGGGUUUAAGGGCCAUACUUUGGGGGUAUCCCAGGUCUGCUUUCUGCCAGAAUCCUAUUUGCUGCUUACUGGAGGGAAUGAUGGAAAGAUAAUGUUGUGGGAUGUAGGUGGUGAAGUUGAGAAAAAACAGAAGAGUCCUACAAAACACACUCACAGGAAGAAAACUAAAAGAACAACUGGUACCAAACAGGGUGGAAACACUCAUGCUUCAGUAACAGGUGAAGAAGAACGUGGCACGAUGUUACCAAAGUUAAGUAUUGAACAUGGAGAAAAAGUGAACUGGCUCUUAAGUACAAAAAUAAAGGGAUUCCAAAAUAUAUUGGUAGCUGAUCAAACUAGCUGUAUAUCUCUGUAUCACUUAAAAGAAUUUUAGAUCCAAUAAAACAUUUGAAAGACUGCAGCAAAUCUCUUUUAGGUUAAAAAAAAUCCUGAUUCUUCAUUUAAACUAUUUGUCAUAUGUGGAAUAAUACCUUUCCAUUGUAUACAUUUUAAAACAUUUGAGCAAUUGAAGAUAAUUCCGUAACACUUCAUACCGUAAACGACAUAUUAAAAUUUGGGGGAAGA